UUGCAAGGGACACACCUGUAAGCGCCAGGGGCCAAAGAGAUUGGCUGCAACUUGAAAAUUACACCUGUGGGGGGAAAGAGGAGGAGGGUGAGUCGGACUACAUGUAAACCAAACCCUUUACAAAUUCUGCCUCUGUCUUCUCGAGGAGCUUAACAGUCCAACAACCACCAAAGAGAACACUCGGAAAGAAGAAACUUCUGCUUUCAGCAACGGGAAGAUACCUGAUAGGCUUUUUCUUCCGGGGUUUGGCUCUUCUUCUCAAGUCUACCGGAAAGGGAUUGGCAUCUUCCUCCCUCCGAAGCGCCACGCCAGUGUCCUUCAGCAGGAGCAGGAAAGACGAGGACUAAAGCCCCAACACAAUGAUGCCUCUUGUAUUGGGUUUCCAGCUCGGUGACCACACCUGGGAAAGGCUGGGUAAAUUCGCCAACGUGAUACCUUCUUUGUCUUCUGUCAAGACGGUGAGCUGCGGUCACAACUUGUUGCUCGGCGACGCUGUUGUUCAGACUUUAUGGACAUUUGUUAGUCUUGUGUGAUCGGUUAUAUCUGGGGGUGGGAGGGAACGAGUUAGGUGAUCGCAGAAAACAACGCUAGGGGUAGUUUCGGCGGAAAGCAAAAAUAACGCGUAUCAAAUUCCAGCCUCAUUUGAGCAGAAAGAAAGACGAGGAAACAAUAGAAGCCAACGAUCAUUCCUAAACUGGAUAGACCAGUUGGGGCAGGUAAAGGCAAACUGCCAGACUUGUCAGAGGACACGAAGAUAGAAGCUGAAUGCUUCUCUUAGAACAUACAAGGCUCAACACCAGGAAUCAUCAAGCCAACUGACGGUGAGGAACACUUUUACUGGUGACUGAAUAACGAAGGACAAUCAGCCUUAGCAUGCUAGUGCACACUGUAGUAUUAUAUAACUUAUUACGCAACUUGCUUACAACCUGUGAACUGUGACGCUAGUUAUCUUUUCAGGUCAUCGUGCUGCAUUUCUUCCUCAGCCUAUAAAAAAAGUCUUGGUCUUGGCAAAGGUUGUCUCAUAUAUUUUGGAUAAAAGAAAAAGGAAGUGGCGGCGUGCCGGACUUAAAAUGUCCGCUCAUCGCUUUUCUUUGCCUCGGAGGAUUGAGUGCGAGUUGAGACAAACAGCAGCGUCAGACCUGUACAGCGGGGAUUUUCCACUACUGGACAGUCGAUUCAUUAUUUAGUGUGCUCCUCGCUUAUAUUUAUUCAGAUUAGUAUCGAGGAAGUGUUGAGAAAGGCAACUGCAAAAAAUGGAGGGAAAAUGUCGACCGUGUACAGUAAACUGUAGAGCGGAGGCUGCAGCUCGAGGUGGAAGAUUGUGAUUGGCGGACAGGGAGAGAAGCUGCAGGUCACAUGAGCUCGACCACCAGGCGGGAAGCAAAGAAUACAUUUCAAUGUUAACUUUAAGGAUUUUGAGGCUAGUUUAAAGUUAAAAGUUAAAGUGCCAAGGAUUGUCACACACAAAUUAGGUGUGGUGAAAUUUGUCCUCUGCAUUCGACCCAUCACCCUUGAUCACCCCCUGGGAGGUGAGGGGAGCAGUGAGCAACAGCGGUGGCCGCGCCCGGGAAUCAUUUUGGUGAUUUAACCCCCAAUUCCAACCCUUGAUGCUGAGUGCCAAGCAGGGAGGUAAUGGGUCCCAUUUUUUAUAAUCUUUGGUAUGACUCGACCGGGGUUUGAACUCAGAACCUUCCGAUCUCAGGGCGGACACUCUAGCAUUGUUUGUUGGAGUUGACAAGGUUUUAGCCUUUAAAUACGCAUACAAUUUUAAAUACAUGAUGCUUGGGAGUCAGUUUCCUCUGCAAUAUAUACUUGAGUUUUGCAUUAACACUGCUUUUUUUUUUUGUAACUUGACGACAAAAUAAGACCAAAAACAAAUGUCCAUUUCAGAGGACAGUGUUUCUCAGGAGAAUAUGGUAUUAUUACUUAAAGCCAAUUAAGAUAAUGUAAAUUAAUUUCAACCAAGACUGUAAUUUUAGCAUCUGUAGCAAAACACGCAGUCAAUUAACAAAGGUACUGUACUCGGUUGUUUCAUCAGAGGGAAGCAACAAGUAAAGUGAAUUUAGCAAAAUGGGAGGAGCAAUCAGUGCCAGAUGGAAAUGCAUUAGGGAUGCAAAGCACCAUCAGUGUUUGUUAGAUAGGAUGCUUACUAGGACAUUGAUUGGUUGUGUGGAGGCCCAGUAAGGUGGUGCCCUGAUAAAAGUCCACACUUAAGUAGAGUUUUGGGUUUCCCUUCCAUUGUUUUCUCCCACAAAGCCAGCAACUAUUGAUUAAGGGCCAGGCCAGUUUACCUAUCAGGUUGUGGAGUCACAUUCCAGCACAGGGGGCAGAGUUACCUGAUCACGCCUCACUUCCAGCAGACUAAAAGCGUGGGCAGCCAUGACUGGUUAAGACUCCCCCUCCCCAUGUCCCCAGCGGAGCUCCGUGUUCUGCAAUCGGACAGACGUUUUUUUUAUUUAUUUAAUAACAGACAGCAAAAAGAGGAAGUAAGAAGUAUGAAGGGAAGUUAAUGGACGUGAGGGCGGGCACUUUCGUCGGAAAGGUGCUCCACUUUGACCAGCUGAAGGUGAUGUCAUCGGAAAACCUCGUGAAGCCCUGCGAUGAGGCCCAAAAUAGUGAACUGGAGGAAGACCUAUCUCCAACUCAGGAUGUAAUAAAGACGUCAGAAGAUGGACUGAUGAUGAAGGUCCUGGAGGAGGAGAUGCAGUCUGGUUGUGUCAAAAGAAGAUUUAAGUACAAGAGGAGGAGGUACCGACAUAAGUGUGUCCCCAGAAGCCUGCAGAUGUUCCCCUGCAGUGGCAAGGUGGAGGAGCAGGAUGAAGAGGAGCCCCAAGGUGCUGGACCUUUCUUCUUCAUUGGAGGAGCCAACGGUGCAGAAAUAGUGAGCGCCUACUGUGAAAAGAGAGGAUGGAAGAGAAUCUACAACAAGCACACAGCCGACUUCAAACUCAAGUGGUGUGAGAACAAAUCUCCGUCCACCUACCGCAACUUCAGAAAAGGUGAACAGCUGGUGUAUCAGAUCCCCAACAACAAUGUGCUCACCACCAAGAUCGGCCUGCUCAGCAGUCUAAGAGAGUACGACCGAGUCAGCAGCAAAGUCAAGCACAGCCGAGCACUCAGGAGGCUGAAAAUCGAGGAGUUUAUUCCCACCACCUUCCGUAUGGACGUAAAACAAGAGCGAGAGGAUUUCUUCGCACAGCAGGGAGGUGUGAGCAACAAUCAUGGUCAAAUGUGGAUCUGCAAGCCUACUGCUCUAAACCAGGGCAGGGGGAUCUUCCUGCUGAAGAGCCUGCAGGACGUCGUCGCCUUCAAAGUGAAGCUGCAGGACAUUGAGGACCGACGGGCCAAAGCAAAGACUCUUCAACGCCAGCCUCAGGCCUACAUUGUCCAACAUUAUAUCCAGAGGCCGCUGCUGUUAAAAGGGAAGAAGUUCGACGUGCGCUCUUUCCUCUUGAUCGCCUGCACGUCACCUUACAUGGUCUUCUUUCACCACGGUUACGUGCGACUCACCUGUGACCUCUAUGACCCCAGCUCCAAAAACCUCUCGGCCCACUUGACCAAUCAGUACAUGCAGAUGAAGAACCCUCUGUACAGCCAGGUGAAGGAGGACACGGUGUGGUCCAUGGAGAGCUUCAAUGCGUACGUCAACGACCGCUUUCAGGUUGCCAAGCGUCUACCAAGGGACUGGGUGCUGGGCGCCUUCACUAGGCGCAUGCAGCAGAUCAUGACACAAUGUUUCUUUGCUGCCAAAUCCAAGCUUGAUUGCAGACUGGGCUUCUUUGACCUGAUUGGCUGUGACUUCAUGGUGGACGAGGACUUCAAGGUUUGGCUCUUGGAGAUGAACUGUAAUCCAGCUCUUCACAUCAACUGUGAGGUGCUGAGGGAGGUCAUACCCCCCGUUGUGGUGGAGACACUAGAUGUGACUCUGGAAAUCUUCCACAAGCGUCUUCUCAGGCAGCGUAUCCUUCCUUUAGCCAGUCGGAGGGGCUUUGUGCUCUUGUACGACGGACCCGAUAGCUCCGCUCUGACUUGCAAGAGAAGGCAUCGUAGACGGAAACGGAAACAAUCGUAAAGUCACUACGAAGAUCCAACCCCGCAACUCAGUGGGCAGAGCUUCAGAUGGCAACAUCGGCCCAAACAAGAACGGUCGUUCUCGAAUGGAGCUCAAACGGAGUACGUUCACUCUGCAGCGUCCUUCACAGGAUGCAGAUGUGCUGAAACAAACGCUUAGCAUGCACAUCUACCGUGUUGCUGACUUACACUGACCUGUGACAACAACUAACCCUCUUCUAAUGUAUACUAAUGGGAGGCACAAAAAAAUAAUGCAAACAUAUAUAUUUUAAAGCAACAAUAUACCAUAACUGAUCUAAAAUAACAUAAGAUUAGAUUUUGAAUAUCCAAAAGUUUUGCCACCAAGCUAAUUAUUAAUUAAACAAUACUAAUUUGUUUUCGAAAGACUUGUGUCCACUGUGCGGGGAGUAUCUUUAAAUAUUUCAGGAAAAGAUUGGAACCAAAAGGUCACAUGGUAUCUUUUUUUCCUGGUGCUGUUUCAUACCCAAAUGUAAUAAGUAACUACAGUCACUUUAUUUAACGGACAAUUUCCAUAUCUAUGUUUUACAACACAUGCGAGUUAUACCGUUUAAAAUUUGAAAAGAGUAACUAUUAUACAGCAGGCUUGCUUGCGGAGCAAUAGCGGCCUCUAGUGCUACAAAGCAGCAAUUGCAUCAUUGCAUUUUGAUACUGUACGUGUGUGACUAUUAUUCUCACACACUGGUAUUGUAUUUUGAAGAAAAGCAACCAUUAUUAUUUCAAAAUACAGUAUUCAAAAAUGUGUAUGUAAAAAAGUCAAAUUACUUUUUAGGGUAAGCGGUACAAAAUGAAUGGAUGGAUGGACUUUUUAGGGUACUAAAUUACAGUACUGUGUUUAGAAAAUAAUUGUGUACCGUAGAUUCCAAUAUUGUUUAUUCCGACAAAAUAAAUUGGAUUGAAUAUUGAACAAAUUAACAAAUUAAAAACCUGAUUUAUUUUUAAAUAUUUUGGAAAAGAAAAUGAAUAUACAGUAAUAUAAUUAUAACAAAUUGGUCAGGUGCAGUGGAAGAAUGGCCGUGCGCGACCCGAGGGUCCCUGGUUCAAUCCCCACCUAGUACCAACCUCGUCAUGUCCGUUGUGUCCUGAGCAAGACACUUCACCCUUGCUCCUGAUGGGUGCUGGUUAGCGCCCUGCAUGGCAGCUCCCUCCAUCAGUGUGUGAAUGUGUGUGUGAAUGGGUAAAUGUGGAAGUAGUGUCAAAGCGCUUUGAGUACCUUGAAGGUAGAAAAGCGCUAUACAAGUACAACCCAUUUAUUUAUUUAUUAUGUCUUUCUGUUAGCUAAACUACAUUGUCUAGCAGUGUCUGUAUGAGUUAUUUAGUUACAUUAAAUACAGCAGGGCCGGUCCGUGGCAUAGGCCGUAUAGGCAAAUGCUAAGGGCGCCGUCCAUCAGGGGGCGCCAUGCCAGUGCCACAAAUGUUGGAGAAAAAAAAAAAAAAAAAAAAAGUUGUUACUAUUAUUUCUAAAUACAAAAAAUAAUCUCACGUUAAUUAAAAUGCAAAGGAAAGCCUAUUUAAUAGCAAUAUUAUUUGUUACAACAUUACGCCCCCCCUCCUCCCCCCGCACGGUGCGCCCCCUCCCUUCCCGUAUCAUGACUCUUUUUGGACGUCACCACAUCAAAAAACCAACACAAGAUGUCAAAACGGCCAAAACUGUCAGGUGCCCAGGGAAGAAAAAAGAGAAAAGAAGAGGAGGAG